AUGGAUGUGCUUUCGUGGUUUGGCCAGGCGUCGGUGGUGGUAAGCGUUCUGGCCGUGUGCUGGACCAUGAUAUGGCAGAACCUGCAGCACAUCCACCUGCAGCGGUUCUUCGCGCGCAACUUCAACCGUCGCGCGCGGCGGCUCGCCGCGGUGGUCGACCCUUACCUGUCGGUGACCUUUGAGGGGUACGAGGGCAGGCGCAUCAAGAGCAGCGAAGCCUUCGACGAGAUCAAGUCCUACCUGACCACGGCGAGCACGCGCGACGUGCGCCACCUCAGGGCCGAGUCUGGCGGCGGCGGCCGCCGGGACGCCGCCGCCACCGACAAGGACAAGCUCGUGUUCAGCAUGGCCAAGGGCGAGGAGGUCGCCGACGCCUUCCGGGGAGCCACGGUCUGGUGGUCGGCCGGCGCCGUGCUGCCGCCCAACGACACCAUGCCGUGGAGCCGUGCCGCGCGCGCCGAGCGCCGGUUCUUCCGGCUCGAGUUCCACGAGGGGUACCGCGACCUGGUGCUCAACGAGUACCUCCCUUUCUACCGAGACGUUUGGACGCAUGUCCCGUUCGAGCACCCCAAGACGUUCGACAAGCUGGCCAUGGACCCAGCGAAGAAGAAGGAGAUCAUCGACGACCUCGACAUGUUCAAGAAGAGCAAGGACUACUACGCUCGCGUGGGGAAGCCGUGGAAGCGGGGGUACCUCCUGUACGGGCCACCGGGCACCGGCAAGUCCACCAUGGUCGCCGCGAUGGCGAACCACCUCGAACCAACACCGACCUCCGGAAGCUGCUCAUCGAGACCAAGAGCAAGUCCAUCAUGGUGUUCGAGGACAUCGACUGCUCGCUCGACGCCUCGACCUGACCGGCAAGCGCAAGAGCAAGGAGGAGGAAGACGGGGACGGCGACGACCCUGCUGCGGCGAAAAAGAAGCAGGAGGACGCCGCCAAGAGCAGCAAGGUAACCCUGUCCGGCCUGCUCGACUUCAUCGACGGCAUCUGGUCGGCGUGCGGCGAGGAGCGGCUCAUUGUGUUCACCACCAACCACGUCGACAAGCUGGACCCGGCGCUGAUCCGGACGGGGCGGAUGGACAAGAAGUCGAGAUGUCCUACUGCGACUACGAGUCCUUCAAGUUCCUGGCGCGGAUGCACCUCCGCGACGACGUCGUCGAGGCGCACGAGGCGCAGUGCGGCCGUGUUAGAGCGUUGCUCGAGGUAGUGAACAUGGUGCCCGUCGACGUCGGCGAGCACCUCACGCCCAGGAGCCCCGAUGAAUUCGAAGACGCCGGACCGUGCCUCGAUUGGCUGGUGACCGCGUUGGAGAAGGCCAAGGAGGAGGGUGGGAGACUACCGGGGCCACAGGCCCAACCGCUUGUCAACGGCAAUCCUUAA